AUGAAGUCCGCGCUCUCCAAGGCCUUUCUGCUCUUUCUCUACGGUCUUGCAUCGGCAGCGCCAUCCCCAUCUCCCAAGGAGGGCGUAGCGAAAAGGCAAGAUACUGGUAUCAAGUCUUGCAAUACCGCCGACAACAGAGCGUGUUGGUCCGAUGGCUUCGACAUCAAGACCGCUUAUGAGGAGAAGACGCCUGACACAGGAAAGACUCGCACGUACGAUCUUGUUCUCUCUGAGUAUGCUACAUACACGGGUGGAGAUGGAAUGACUAAGAACAGUGCAAUGCUUAUCAAUGGCCCAAACAUUGAGGCAGAUUGGGGUGACACCGUUGAGGUGAGGGUUGUCAAUAACCUCAGGAACAAUGGUACAUCCAUUCACUGGCAUGGCGUUCGUAUGCUGAACAACAAUAUCAACGACGGUGUCAACGGAAUCACCGAGUGUCCUUUGCCGCCCGGUGCAAGCAAGACGUACAGAUGGAAGGCAGAGCAGUACGGCUCGUCAUGGUACCACUCCCACUUCUCCGACCAGUACGCCAAUGGAGUUGUUGGUGCCAUCCAAAUCAACGGUCCUACGUCGCAAAACUACGAUGAAGACUUGGGUGUUUACACACUCACGGAUUGGUACUACAAGGGUGCAGAUGAGAUUCGAUCUACCUUCACCGCGCCCGCUGCCGUCCCCGCCAGCGACAACAUUCUCUUCAACGGUACCAACGUCAACAAGAACGGCGGUGGCAAUUACUCUCGCGUGACGCUCCAGCCAGGAAAGUCGCACAAGAUUCGCCUCAUCAACAUGUCUGUCGAUAACACCUUCUCGGUGUCCCUCGUCAACCACAAGAUGACAGUUGUCAACAACGACUUCGUCCCCGUCAAGCCGUUUGAGACCGAUUCGCUGUACUUGAGCGUUGGUCAGCGCUAUGAGGUCAUCAUCAAGGCCGACCAGGACGUUGGUGCCUACUGGUUCAACGUGUCUUUCCCCUCCAACAGGCUUUGCGGCACGUCCAACAUGAACAAGCCGGCCGCCAUUUUCCAGUACGAGGGAUCAGACACCAAGAAGCUGCCCAAGGACGCCGGCAAGGCUGUGACGGAUGCUCAGUGCCAGGACAAGACAGACUUCGAGCCCAUCUACAGCGUCGAUGUCGACUCUACAGCCUUCCAGAAGACGUCUGACAACUCGUUGGAUGUUACCGUAGACACCAGCAGGACGACCAGUCAGCAGCGUGUGUACUGGAAGGUGAACGGCAAUAACAUGGACAUCGACUGGAGCUUGCCGACGUUGUCGUACCUGGCCAAGAACAGCACUGAUUACCCCCAGAACUACAACGUUUUCCAGGUCCCAGAUGAAAACAAGUGGGCUUUCUGGGUAGUCGAAAACCUGUUUCCAGCUCCUCACCCCAUGCACCUUCACGGUCACGACUUUUAUGUGUUGGGUCACUCUGAGCCGGCAUCCAGCGGUCGCGGCGACGGUGUUCGCUUCAAUGCUCAGACCGAUACCUCCAAGCUCAACUUCAAGAACCCGACACGCCGCGAUGUCACGCAGCUGCCAGGCCGUGGCUGGCUUGUCGUUGCCUUCAAGACUGACAACCCGGGAGCCUGGCUGUUCCACUGCCACAUCGCGUGGCACGUCAGCCAAGGCUUGAGUGUCCAGUUCUUGGAGCGCCAAAGCGACAUUGCCAGCACCUUCAAGGUCAGCGACAUUGACGGUAACUGCGAUCAGUGGUCCGAUUACGCGGCAAACGCUCCUUUCCCCCAGUCGGACUCGGGACUGUGA